UCCUGUGUAGGUUUCAAUGCAACUAACUCUCGGUUCAGACUAACUGCUUCGCGACUCACACAAGUCCGCAUGAUCGAUCCUCUGAACAAUCGGCUUUUCAUGGACUUCAAGAACAUCCAUGCAAUCCCUCACAUGUCCCACAAGGAACGAAACUAUCCCAUAGAUACAAUUGGAGUGGUCUUCAAUACGGAAGCCCGUUUCGAUGACCCUGCAAGACCAAGGAUGAUUUUUUACAUAAGGGACAACAUUGACAGCCAGAUUAAAUGUGUGGCAACUGGCAAGCAGGCCUAUGCCUUCCGGGAUGGUCUUGAAAAUGUGGAAGGUGGACAGGUGAUUGUGGCCCUUAAGAUGUGGAAGGUCUGCAAGAGUUGGAAUUUAUUUGAGGCUCCUGAUCUAUGGCUUCAGACCGAAGGUGGACUUUCAGACUUCAGGUUCAAUCCGCGUUUGACCGAGGUUGAGGACUUCAGGCAGUCUCUACUGAACAGCGACCCUUAUGUUCAAAAAUAUGGGAUUGAAGGUCUUGUGUAAAUUGUUGUUUCAACUU